UCGCGACGCCCACGUCGCCUUCCGUCGCGGCAACGCGGCGACACGCCUGGGACCGGGGCGCCGAGUGCGAAUUAUGACAGCGGCGGUCGUCAUGGAAAACGUUAACUGGGACCCCGCGUUGUCCAAGUUGCUGAACUCGCUGCAGGAGAACAAGUCGGAAAUACCCAGCUGUACCGAGGAGGAAUUCGGAUUUCUCAGUGAGCUGCUGCAGUCCAAGGAACUGAAUGCCCUGGUGAACGUUCAUAACAAGAUCCUCAACAAUGUCAAGGAUGACAAGUUCUUCCCCGUGCUCUCGAACUCGAUGGACAUCGAUGUCGAGGUUCUCGAUCUGUUGUCAACCAAAACGCACGUCUCGCCCGACUACAAGGAGCUAUUCCACCUGCUGCAAAAACCACACAUUCAGGGUCUCCUCUGCGCUCACGAUGCGGUGGCGCAAAAGGACUACUAUCCGAGGCUGCCGGAGAUCCCGCUGGAGGUGGACGAGGACGAGGAGACGGUGAAGAUCGUCCAGCUGGUGAAGUCGAACGAGCCCCUGGGCGACGCCGGCGUUGAACCGAUCGUGGGGGCGACCAUAAAAACGUGCGACGUCACCGGCAAGAUCGUGAUCGCCCGGAUAAUGCACGGCGGCGCGGCCGACCGGUCCGGACUCAUCCACGUAGGCGACGAGGUCUGCGAGGUCAACGGUAUCAGCGUCGAGGGAAAGACACCCAGUUUCGUUCUACACAUUUUGCAAAAUUCGGAAGGGACAAUCACUUUUAAAAUAGUACCAGCGGACAGCAAAAGUGGAAUCCGGGAAAGCAAGGUUCGCGUCAGGGCACACUUUUCAUAUGUGGCUGCCGACGACCCUUACAUUCCCUGUAGGGAAGCCGGAUUAGACUUCGUCAAGGGUGACGUCCUGCAUAUUGUCUGUCAAGAUGACCUCUAUUGGUGGCAAGCCAGGCGAGAAGGUGAUCGAAAUAUGAGAGCAGGCUUGAUUCCCAGUAGGGCUCUUCAGGAACGCAGGACCAUCAUUGAGAGGAAAGAGAAGGAGACGAAGUCAGACGAAGACAAUAUAAGCUUGUGUUCUGUUCCAGUGCCUUUGCCCGCAUUGUGCCCCCGUCCCAGUAUCUCUUUGCACGUCUCGCCUACAAAGUGCAACUUGCAGGGAAUUAAAACUAAAAAAAUCAUAUAUGACGCUGCAGAGAACGAUGACUUCGACCGGGAAGAGGUACCGACUUACGAAGAGGUCGCGAAACUCUAUCCCAGGCCAGGCCUGUACCGGCCGGUGGUUCUCAUCGGGCCACCGGGGGUCGGCAGGAACGAGCUGAAGAGGCGGCUCAUGGCGACCGAUAUUGAAAAAUACAAGACUCCUGUCCCCUAUACAUCUAGACCACCGCGACCAGGCGAAGAAAACGGCAAGGAGUACCAUUUCGUGACUAGGGAGAAAAUGAAAGAGGAUUUCGAGGCUGGCAAGUUUAUCGAGUACGGCGAGUACAAGGGAAAUUUAUACGGCACCAAUUCCGAGAGCGUUAGCUCGCUCGUAAACGCUGGAUACGUAUGCCUGCUAAAUCCUCACUAUCAAGCUCUCAAGAUGUUAAGGACGCCGCAAUUGAGGCCAUACAUCAUAUAUAUAAAACCACCAACGUUCGAAGUGCUGAAGGAGACCAGAAAUGAAGCUCGAGCGAGGUCAACCUUCGACGAGAGCAAUUCUCGAGGCUUCACGGACGAGGAAUUCCGCGAGAUCCUGCACAGCGCGGAGAGGAUAGAGUUCCUGUAUUCUCACCUCUUCGACGAGGUGAUUGUGAACGCAGACCUUCCCAUGGCAUUCGAGCAACUAGUCAACGCGGUCCAUCGAGUGGAGUCUGAGCCGCUUUGGGUGCCAGCCUCGUGGGUUCAGUAAAACGGCUGGUCUUUAAGAUUCGGACAAAACGGCCGGAAGACAAAAGCGGAAGAGAAGGGGUUUGCGUUGUUAGACGCGAGAUCGAGCGUUUCUCGCAACGCUCGACAACACUUUACAGUUCUGCUUCCGCGCAGGAAGAACGUUUCCCGAAGAACCGCGUGUAUUUCUUCGUCUAUCUCGUUUCACCGAAUUGCAGUUUACUUAGAAACGUUACCGCGCCUUUACAUACACUCGUAGAAAUUUCGUACCUCGAGCCGUUCGACGCGAAGUCUUUAUCCAUUUCGAAAACGAAUUAAAUAAAAAUUUUCUAUUGUCGGAUGCCGCGCGCGCUCGUCUGCACUCGGUGAUCGUCGUCGGUUCGUCACGUCGACGAUCCACCGAGAUCGCGAGAGGAACGCGACGCGCUUCUCCUCGACUAUAGUUUUAAAUAGCUAAGUACGAAAUGUUAAAGUAAUCUCGAAGAUACGCUCCCCAAGUGGUUUAAACUCGUCCGAACACCCACAGAGUUCUUGUUUGCCGGGUCAAACUGUCAGACGUUUCCGCGACGCUCCGCGCAUAAAUUCUUAAUCUUAGAAUCCUUACUGCCAGAAGCUUCACCAGCGACGGGAGAUCCCGAUAUCCCCGGCGGGUCACCGCGAUCUCCGAUCUUGUCGCGAAUCUCUUCUGUGUACGUCCCGUUGUACGACACGUCGAUGUGAAAUUCCACAGUUUCGAGAUCACGGGAAUCUCGCAUAUCUUGGGAUCAACGCUCACGAAAAUGGUAACUCGUAGCCCGAGGGCUCGCUUUGGAUGCCCUCGCCAGAGCCGGAGGAAGGAGUCGCCAAUACCGUGGACGAUCUUUGAUCUCGAUUGUUGUUAAUUGUUGCCAAAUAAGUAUUGUACCUAGAAACGCGACCCGGAAAUGGAUCGCUCCACUCCGUACUUACUGUAUUUUCCACUCUCUCUCGGUCAGCGAUUUACCACGAUAUUGCUAUUUUAUUUCAUUCUUUUCCAUGACAAUUGGAUGCCAAUGAAAGGAAGAAGCUGUACGCUCUCUAUCGAGUUGACGUUGCAUAACUCACCCUUGAUGUAAACUCUGCAUGUUAUCAAAAUAUACCAUUAAACUUUGAA